UGUGCAUUCCGAGUCCUGCAAGCUGUCUCCGUUGUCCGAGACUGCAACCUUCGAGGGCGGCUGGCAGUGGGCCCCUCCAGGUGACCAAUGGAAACCUCUGCCUGAUCCGGAAUUGGGCCGUCAGCUGCAGCCCCACAUGUAUGGCCAACUAUCGGGGAGCAAAGCGUGAAACACCAAGAAAAUGGCGAGUCCAGAUCAGCACCUCAAUCGGCACGACAAUAUACCCCAGAAUCAUGGACGAAUGAUGCACACGGAUCUCCUCGAUACGGUUCUACUCGGUCGCAAAGAAGCGACGGCGCCAGAAACCAACACAACACAGACGGCAGCAGCAGGGACAACAGGGACCGCACGAACAGAAGCCAUGAAGGGAUUCGGUGUGGACGCCGCGCAGGCGGGGGAAGAUGCCAAGUGCCCUGUCGACCACAAAACUCGAGAGCUAUGGCUGCAGCAAGCACAGCAAGAGCGCGCCGCACAGUCGGCAGCCGCAGCAGCGACAACACAAAGCGUUCGAACACCACCAACAAGCACAGCAGCACAGCAGCCGCACCAGUCCACCACUUCCUCCUGGUCAUCAUGGCUCCGACUUCCUUCCUUCUACCGACCUCAAGCGCAUUCCGCAGAACCGACCCAGAAACUGCCGCCGCCACGCCCGCAACUAGACGAGUCGCGCGUCGUCUCGAGCAUCCCCCGCUCCUCCAACCCAGGCCCCUCAGCAUGUCCCGUCAACGACGAGCAAGAAACAGGCUCCUCCGCAACCGGCCACUGGGUCUACCCGUCCGAGAAGCAAUUCUUCGAAGCCAUGAAGCGCAAGGGCCACGAGGCAGCGGCAGCCGACAUGAAGACGGUCGUCCCGAUCCACAACGCCGUCAACGAGCGGGCGUGGGCCGAAAUCCUGAAGUGGGAGGCGCCCUACGUACAACCCCUCACGCGCGGCGGGUGCGGCGGGCCGCGGCUGCACAGCUUCGCGGGGCUGGGCAGCGCCACGGCCAACAUGAGCCCGCGGGCCCGGAUCAACACGCUGCUGGGCUACUCGGCGCCGUUUGACCGGCACGACUGGGUCGUGGACCGGUGCGGGACCAAAGUGGAAUACGUGAUUGACUUUUACGCCGGGCGGAAUGACGGGCUGGGCAAGGGCAAGCUCAACUUUUACCUCGACGUGCGGCCCAAGUUGAACACGUGGGAGGGCGUCAAGAUGCGGGCGUUGCGAGCUGUCGGGUUGGCGUAAGCGGGAGAUUGUGUUGUUCCGUGUACUGCUAUAAUUGUCGUGUUUGUGGCUUAUGUACCAUACCACUCAGCCGGUCUUCGGGGUUUUAGAAGUGGGAGGGUGGUGGCGUUGGUCAGAUUGGAUGUAGGAGUCGUGUAGUGUAUGGAAGGUCUCAGGUGCAAGCAACCAACUCUCCAAUCGUAAAAUGAAGCCGCAGAUUCCUGGUUGUCUGCGUUGGUAUCAAGAAGAAAUAAAGCUCAGCCCAAG